AUGGCAGAGGCCAUCCACGACGACCACUCGCCCCUCGCCCGCUUCCUGCGCCAGUCCGACUCGGACGACGACGACAAGCCUCGAUCGACCGCUGAGCACCACGGCCACGCCGCGCACGACCCGUCCCCCUCCACCUCGCGACCACCUCUUCCCACAACAACGUCGCCUGUCAAGCGCUCCCGCCGCCAGGUCGCCGCCGUCGAGCGUGUCAAGUACGCCAUCGCCACCUCGGCCCUCCUCAGCGCCAAGCUCGCCGACGCCCUCCAGGUCUACCCGCCGCUCGACGCCCUCGAGGCGCGGCCCAAGCCUGCUCCCCGCACCACCACCACCGCCUCGUCGCGCGCUCGCGCAGCGCAGAAGCGCCUCGGCAAGGGCAAGGAGAAGGAGAAGGCCCAGGCGGCAGACUGGGGCAGCGGGUGGGAGACGAGGGGCCAGGGUGUGACGGAGCGCGGCGUCCUUGGCAGCGCUCAAGCGGCGCUCUCGGGCCUCGUCGGCGCGCUCGGCCGCCUGUCGACCCGCGACGAUGGCGGCGUGCUCGAGAGCGUCGCCGAGGAGGAGGAGGACGGCGCGCCGGCGCCUACGGACCAGGCCCCCGUGUCGCCGCAAGACGCGCUCCUCGCGACCGUCGAGGACUUUGUCGCCGCGUCUCAAGAGCUCGACCUGCGGGUCGCAACAGCCCUCACGGCCAUCAAGGAGCUCGAGUGCAUCGCCCACGGUCUCGGCUUGUCCGACCCUCUUCCGCCCAUCUCGCGCAUCGAGGCGCGUGGCUACCUCGCCUCGCCCAAGCCGACGAGCCCGACCUCUGCGGCCAUGCUCUCGACGCCGUCCCGCUCGCCACGCAUCCCCUCCCCGCUCGGCGGCCCGUCCAAGGCGUCCCCUCCUCGCACGUCCGACAGCGAGCCGUCCUCCCCUCCUCCUCCUCUCCGCGCUCUUGCGCUCCGCAACGCCCUCGCCGACGCCCUGUCCUCGGCACUCGACGCCCUCUCGACCUCGACGAGCGCGCUCAACGCCCUCCUCCCGUCCGACUCGCCGCUCCUCACCCUCACCUCGGCCUCGGCCUCGAUGACGCCCACCUCGUCCCAGUCGCACGCGCCGCAAGCCUCGCUGUCCGAGCUCCUGCGGCACGACUCGCUCGCGCGCGCCGAGCGCACCGAGGUCUCGCGCUGGGAGGAGGGCUCGUCGGCCCCGUCGGCGUCGUCCCGCCCGAGCAGCGUCCACCUCGUCGACGGCGUCGACCCGUUCCACCCGACCGAGUCGACGUUCGGCGGCAUCGACCGUCGCACGGGCGAGAGCGGCACGCCGCAGCGCGCCGGUGUCGGCAAGCAGCACCGCCUCCGGGUUUCGCUCGGCCCGCAUCACGGCGGCAACGGCGGCGGCAGCGGCGGCGGGUCGUCGUCGUUCGAGGCCGUGAGCCCGGGCGGCCCAAGUGCGCGGCGCAAGCGGCCCGUCAGCAUGGGCGGCCUUGAGUCGCUGCCGCCGGUGCCGUCGAGCGAGCGCGACCAGACGGGCCCGAGCGCGGCGACGCACCGCGUCCUGCUCGUCACGCUGCAGGACCGGUUCGACGAUGCGCACGACGCGCGUCGCGGCGUCCUGUGGCGCCUCCUCGAGGCGCUCGACCACGCCGAGUCGGACGCGGCGUGGCACCAGGCCGAGGCGCCCCUCGACGCCCUGCGCGCCGUACUCGCACGCGCAGCGGCAGACGUCGCCCAGGCGCACACGCGCGAGUUCCCCGACGGCGCCGCCGCGGCCGACUCGCCCGCCUCGGCGUCGACGACCGCGAGCGGGCCCGGCGCCGGCUCGAGCGCUCGCGCAGGAGCGGGCAGCGGCGCCCUCGUCGAUGCACGCGAGAAGCGUCGCAGGAGCGGGUACUACGCCCGACCCGAGGCGGACGAGCUGUACCCGCUGUCGGCUUCCUCGUCAUCCGCCCCGACCUGGGGCGCGCCGCCGACGCCGACGCCUGCCGCACGCCGUCCCGCCGCCUACGCCGACUACGCGCCUUCCUCCUCGUCCAGUGCGCCGCCUCCACCGCGCCGCGCUGCGCUCCACGCGCACGCCCUCUCGGUCAGCGCUGUCGACCCGGCCCUCGCGGCGCACGCGCAGAGCAUGCUCCUCUCGCUGCGUGCGCUCCAGGCCAAGGUGCGCGUCGUGCUCGCCGACGCUGCGGGUGCGCGCGUCGGGAGCGCGACGGAGCGCGAGCGCGUGCUCGAGGUGUGGGAGAGCGUCGGCGCCGAGGUGAGGAGGCUCGAGGGCGGGUGGCGGGACGGGAGAGGCGCGCUCAGGGCGGCGCUCGGGCUUGCGGUCGAGCAGGUCGAGGUGCGCGAGCGGGCUGAGGCGGUGCGGGACGAUGAGGUGGCGCCGGCGUCGACGGAGGAGGACGAGGCGCCGCAGGAGGUCGGCGACGAGCUCAACGCGACGGGCGCCGUCUACGCGACGCUCGACUCGUCCGACACCGGCACCGACGACGACCUCAUCUCGAGCCGCCAGGCCAUGCUCGACGCUGCCCUGUCGGCGUCGCUCCUUCCUCCUCCCGACUCGGCUGACGGCCUCGAGUCCCCCUCGAAGGAGAAGGUCUUUGAGGCCGUCGCCGGCUCCGACGCGCGCGCCUCGGCAGGCGCAAAGCUCUCGCGAGACGAGCGCAUUCGCCGCAUGAAGGAGGCGCGCGAGGCGCUCGCGCUCGGGCGCAGCAGCCUCGAGAGCCCGGUCAAGGGCGCGUCGGGCGAGGGCAGCGGCGGCGUCGAGUCGCAGCGGAGCAUGGUCGGCGAGCUGAGGGAGGUGCUCAAGGAGCUGAACCGGGACAAGGGUCGGGCAGAUCCUCCCUCGGCGGCGCUGCCUCCUGUCGACGUCGCACCGCCACCGGCGCGCACGGUCCCCGCCUCGGCGCAGACCGUCGCCACGCCUCCUCCGCCUGCGCAGAAGCCGCUGUCGCCGCCGCCGCCGCCGACCUCAGCCCCGCAAGAGGCCACGGCGCGCGCCUCGCCGCUCGAGCCGGCGCACGAGCCUCUUCCCCCUCCCUCGCCGACCAAGUCGAUCCCGUCGCCGACGACCCAGCGCAUCCUCCCUCCUCCUCCUCUCGCUCGUCGCCUCUCCCAGCCGCCGCAUGGUGCCGCUCCCCUCGCCACACCGCCGCGCCUGCCGCAACCUUCGCCGCCGAGCGCCGCAAGCUCCCCGUCCGCCCCGCUCGCUCAACCCGCCGCCCGAUACACCUCCCCGCCGCCUCUCGCGCCGCCGAUUCCGACCGUGCCCUCGACGCCGGGCAAGCAGCAGGCGCCGCGGUACGUCUCGCCGCCGCCGCCCUCGUCCGCCAACCGCGCACGGGCCGGCUCGUCCACCGCCUUCUCGACCUUUUCGCCGCCCGGCUCGACGCCGGCCACCCCGGGCAAGCAGCAGACGCCUCGGUACGUCGCGCCGCCGCCGGCGAGGGCCCCGCCGCCGGCGCCGCUGCUGCCGUCGCCGAGGUACAGCGCGUCGUCGGCGUCGUCGUCGAUCAGCAUGGGCAUUGGCUCGCCGACGGGCCCGCUCUCGCCGGUACGCGUCGCGCCUUCGUCGCCCUUGCGUGCGACGGCGCAGGUGACAGACGAGAGGAGGGAGCGCGAGGGGCUCGAGCAGGCGAGGGCGCAAGGGCAGCAGCAGCAGGCGCCGCCGCCGCCGCAGAGGGUCAAGCGGCCGUCGGUCCAGACCGUGUAGCAUUGCGGGAGGAGCACGUAGAACAUCUUUGCAUCGCAC